AUGCGCAAAGAAGGAGGGAGAAGGACGGGGAAAACGCGCUGGGGAGGCUGUCUGUCGCGGAUUCUGGAAAGGAGACUGGUUUGGGGCAGAGGGUUGUGGAAUGGCUUUAGGAACCUGUGUAGGACAGGGGGAACGCGGAGAGAUUUGAAGGGAAGAAGGGCAUGCAAAGGCGAUGCUGCUUGGCGUGCCGCAGGCUGCGGUGGUUUCGAUGGUGAUUCGGUUAGGCAGGUACCUUGUUUUUCUCUGCUUGUGGGGGCUUCUGCGUGCAAAGGCUUUCAGGAAGGCAGAAGAAAAACGGAAGACGGGAUGUCGAGAGUUGGAUCGUCGGGGGGCCCUGCAGCGAACGGUCGUGGCGGGGGCCCUUGGCGAGGCGGCGAGGGGCCCCCCCCCGCUUCCUCUCCGUACCCGUACGACCGCGAGCGAGAGGGUGGUAGUGCCUAUCGCGAGGGGGGGUAUCGCGGGGGUGGCGGAGAGCGUAGGGACGGCCGCGACUUCCGCGGAGGCGGGGGGGGGGGCCCAGGCCAUCACAGGGGGAGCAGAGGAGGAGGGGGGGGCCCCUAUGACCGCCCCGGCGAACCGCACCGACAGCGCGACAGCUACCGUGACCGGGAAGGAGGAGGAGGCCCCUAUCGCGACUACCGACGAGAUCGGGGAGGAGGGGGCCCAGGGGGCCCCUACGACAGGCGGCGCUCACGCUCGGGCUCUCGCGGAGGCGGUGGUGGCAGCGGCCGCUCUCCGCACGCAACGGCACCGCGCAAACGCCUUAACAGAGACAUCAGCACGAGUCGGGAACGCUCACGCAGCAGAGAGAGACGCCGCAGAAGGCAGCAGGCGGAGUGUAUCCGGAGGGCGGGGGGGUUCCAGAAGCUUGCAGACAGUGAAGGUCACGAGCCGAUCAGACUUUUCUGGGAUGGCUUUCAGUGGGUAGCGAAGGCGACGGGCGCUUUGGGGCCCCAGCAACUCGACGCAGCUGCCAUGAACAGCACUCGGAAGCUGAGACGUCUGUACUUUGGGAACUUGCCCCUCCAUCUGGGGCUCACCGAGCAAGUUUUCCAGCAGAUGGUGUGGGAGGAAAUGAAGCUGCGAGGCUUCUGUUCGAAUCCGAGCGUGAACCCGGUGCUCUACGUGUGGUUCGCAAAGGACAAGGGCAACUACGGAUUCGUCGAGUUCAGCUCCGUCGAGGAAACAGAACGAGCUCUCACCAUGGACGGCAUGCUCUGCCUAGGCAUCCCCCUCAAAGUCUCGAGACCUAACGACUACACCACCACCUCUUCAGCGCAAACGCAGGCUAUGAGCGUCAUGGGGCAGCAGGCAGCAGCGAUUCUUAUGGGGGGCGCUGCGGCAGCGGGGGCCCCCCCACCCCCUGGUCCUCCUCCAGGCCCUCCUCCUGGCACCUCUCGGUACAUGCGGAUCAUUCAAGUUGUCGAGACGGCGAAAAUAUCCUCGGAAGAGGACUACGAAGACAUCUUCGAGGACGUCAAGGAAGGCUGCAGUAAAUUCGGAGACAUAACGAAGGGGGUUAUUGUGACGCCCCAAAACAGAGGCAGCACUCCCUAUCUUUUGUGCGACGUUUUGCUAGAGUUUGCCACUGAGGCCGCUUGCGAUGCAUGCAUCAGCAACAUGGGAACUCGAAAGUACGAGGGGAAGCAGAUUACUGCGAUUCGGAUCGAUCAAGAAGAGGCAGAGACUUUCGCAAUCCCCCUGAUGCGCGGUCAUAAGUAG